AUGCACAAGGCCUUACUUACACCACCCUACGGGGAGCAAAUGGCAACCUUCUCCCAGAAAUCAGUAAUGGGUACGAUAUUCGAGACAACUGAACGCUAUACGGAAUGGAAGCCUAUCGGGCUUGGAGUAUCUGGAGUUGUCUGCUCUGCAAGGGAUCAGCUUGCUCAUCGCACUGUCGCUGUGAAGAAACUCGCGGAGCCAUUCAAGACACCCGCUAUUGCAAGACACAUGUUUCGAGAAAUAAAAUUACUGCGACAGUUGCGACAUGAAAACAUCAUCAACCUGACCGAUAUCUUUAUUUCUCCCUCCGAAGACAUAUACCUUGUGACUGAACUUAUGGCAACCGACCUUAAUACAAUUUUGAAGGCGAAAAGAGUGGAAAACCAAUUCGUCCAAUACUUCAUGUAUCAAAUAAUGCGUGGUCUAAAAUAUCUUCACUCAGCCGGCGUCAUUCAUCGAGAUUUAAAGCCAAGCAACAUCCUGGUCAAUGAGAACUGCGACCUGAAAAUAUGCGACUUUGGCCUGGCCCGCAUCCAAGAACCCAACAUGACAGGCUAUGUCUCGACGAGAUACUACCGUGCCCCGGAGAUCAUGCUCACAUGGCGAAAAUAUAACGAAAAAGUCGAUAUGUGGAGUGCCGGGUGCAUCUUCGCGGAAUUACUUCUGGGCGAACCAUUAUUCCCCGGAACGAAUCAUAUCGACCAGUUUUGUGUUAUAACCGACCUACUCGGCAAUCCCCCCGAGGAAGUCAUUAACAAUAUCACAAGUGAAAAUACAUUGAACUUUAUCAACUCACUCCCACAACGAGACCGAAAGCCAAUAUCACAGCUCAUCCCAAAUGUUAAUGCAGAUGCGGCGGAAUUGAUCGACAGAAUGCUUCAAUUCGAUCCUCAAGUACGAAUCUCUGCAGCAGAAGCCCUCGAAUCUCCAUAUCUCGCACCAUACCACGAUCCCAACGAUGAACCAGUCGCAGCGGAAACAUUCGACUGGGCGUUCCUUGAGGCAAAUCUCCCAGCUGAUAUCUGGAAGACUAUAAUGUACAGCGAGGUGUUGGCAUUCCACGCAGAAAUGGAACAAUCUGGCCGUAGCGGGCCGAUGAAAUCAAUACAACAGGUGGAUGGAAUGGAUAUCGGUUGA